GUUGAAAAAUAUUAAACAAUUCGGAUAGUAUUAUUAAAAAGGUGCAAAAAGGAUGAAAGGCUAUUUUUAAGGACUAGCCCAACAGGCAGCUUGAUCAUGAAAAAAUCGGCUUAUUCUAUCUACUGACCUUGAAAGGCUGGCCAUGAAACUAUUCUUAUUCUACUAAGCACUGGAUAAGUGAAAAGCUCUUCAAAAAGGGUGAACAGAUUGGAGGUUAAAAAAAAAAAGAUAGAAAUGGAACCAGAGGCUUCGCCAGCACCAGUUUCUGCCCCUGUGGCCACGCCCGUGGCUCCAACAACCGUGGCUGCUCCGGCGGCAGUGGCCAGCCCUGCGGCAGUGGCUCCUUCACCGGCAACACCGAUUGUGGCAGCACCUAUUGCUGCUGCUCCUGCCGUUGCUAGUGUGCAACCAGCAGCAGUUACUGCUCCUGCUCCAAUAUCUGUCGUUCCCGUCGUUGUUUCGCCAGCUCCUGCUCCUGCUCCUGCUCCAGUUCCUGCUCCAGUUCCUGCUCCAGUUCCUGUCAUUUCUGCAGCCCCAGGACCUGUUGUUGCCACCCCAGUCGUGGCAACUCCAGUUGUUGCAACACCAGCUCCAGUUGUUGCUCCUGUGAUUGCUGCCCCACCCUUACCUGUUGCUGAGACUCCCGUUGUUGCUGCCUCAACACCUGUUGCAGUGGCUCCUGUGAUCGCUGAGACCCCAGUUGCGGUAGCUCCUGUAGUCUCUACACAAGCAACUGCUGCUGUUGAGAUUGCGCCUGUUGUAGCUCCACCCGUGGAGCCUCCAGUGGCUUCAGCACCCGUACCUGUAACAGAAACUCCAAGCGUUGUCGACACUCCUGUGGCUGCUGCUCCUGUGAUCGCUACACCGCCUGUUCCAACAACAGCUGCUGUUGCUGUUGCUGAGGCUCCAGUGAUAGUAUCACCCACUGUUGCCGUGGCACCUGUGACUCCAACUCCAGCGGCUGCUGACACUGAGGUUCCAACUGCCGUUGCACCACCUGCGGCAUCUCCAUCUCCCAUAGUGGCAACACAAGCCCCUGCUGCGGAGAUUCCAGCGUCCGCUCCUGUGAUCUCACCGCCAAUCGCUGUUGUUGCCGAUACCCCGAUUGCUGCAACAGUAGCAGAGGUCACACCGGUUAUACAGACUUCACCCGUUGCUGAUACUCCGGAAGUCGUUGCUCCUGUGGUCGCUGCACCACCAGUUGCAGUUUCUGAGACUCCAGUUGUCAUAGCUCCGCCGGUGGCUGCCAUAUCAACACCAGUAUCAGAGACCCCAGUAGUUGAUGCAGUUGUUGCUCCAGUCACUGCCGAGGCGCCUGUUGCUGAGCCACCUGCAAUUGCGGAGACACCAGUAGUUGCUGCCGAGAUAGCUGCUGUUGCUGAGACUCCAGUUGCAGAGCCUCCCGUCGCUGCGCUGGUGGUACCUUCCGAAGCAUCCAUAUCCUCGAUACCAACAGUUGCUGCUGCUGAAAUUCCGUCGCAAGUUAUUCCGCCGGUGGAGCUUUCAACUGAAGGAGCUGUUGCCGGAUCUUCACCACCAGUGGCAUUUGCCGAUACCACUUCAGUUGAAGUACCAGCUGCAACGAUUCCCGAACCAGUGGAAACACCAGCUGCUGUUCCGGAGUCUCAAGUCGUUUCCGUGGCCCCUGUCGAAACUCCUACAGAGCCAUUAUCCGGAACCGCUCCUGAUAUUCUACCACCAGCUGUUGUCUCAGAAGUAAUUCCUGUGUCAACACCCGAACCCAAAGCAAUCGAAGCCACUCCGGUGGAGCCUUUACCUGUUGAGACUCCGAUUGCGACCCAGGAACCAGCAGAAAUUCCAGCACUUAUUCCAGAAACUGUUGCCGAGAUUCCAGCUCCGGCACCAGAUAAAAUUCCGGAUGCUGCCGCAAUCGAAACUCCUGCAAUGGCCCUCGAGCCCGAAAUCACCACUAUCAGUGAACCUUCUGCCGUUGCCGAAGUUGUAGAUGAAACCAUUCCACCUGCGGUAGUUGAGCCAACUAAUCCUGAACCAGUUGUAGCUUCAGCUGAGCCAAUCACUGAACCACCGCCUAAUGCUGUUGAAUCCGUAGAGCCAAUUCCUGCAGAAAGUGUUUUAGAAGCUGAACCAGAAAUCACUAAGGUCAGUGAGACAACCGAUAAUGUAGGCCAAGAAGUGCCUGUAGCAGAGACUCCAGAAACGGCACCGAAUGUUGUUGAGGAACCAAUAGCUACCGCCCCGGAACCUGCAGCCACAGUUUCUGAAGAAGUACUGGUAACUAAGGGUGAAGAUGUUGUUGUUGCUGAGGCCGCCUCUGUUGUGGAUCCUCUUGAAACACCAGCUGCUGUCGAAAUUAUUUCGGCAUCAAUAGAGCCAGCAGCUGACGAACCAAUUGCAGCAGUAGAAACAAUUACUGCCACUGGAGUAGAAGCCACAACUGCCGAAAAACCUGUAGAACAGGUCCAGUCAGAAGUCCCCGAUAGAUCAUCUCCAGAUCCCAGUUUAGUGCCAGUGGCAAAGAUUACGCCUUUGCUGAGGGAUCUUCAGACCACCGAUGUUUCUCUGCUGGCCAUCGCUGCCACCUUGGAUGCCAUUGGAGAAAAGCUCAAGGAUCAAAAGGCCAGAAAUCAGCAGGUAAUGGACAGACUUUGCGAGAUUGAGAAAAUUCUUGGCCCCCCCAAAACGAACUAGCUUAAGCUGAAUUUCUUGUUUAAAAAUAAAUAUUUACAAAAUAAGUUUAAUAUAUUAAACUCAUCACCAGAAACCAAUAAAAGUUCAAGUU